AUGAAGUUCUACGUCGCCGCUACCAUUCUUGCUCUCACUGUUGGCGCCAUGAGCGUGGCGGUCCCCGAAGGCUUCAAUGAGGCCCUGAAUGUGGCAGUCCGUGAGGCCGUUACUAAUCCAUCCAACUCUGCAACUGGAGAAUGCAGGCCAGCGCUUCAGUCUUGCGACAGAAAUUCAGAGUGCUGUUCCAGGUUCUGUCUCCUUGGCCUCUGCCUGUGA